UAGCAGGUGCUAUCCAGCAGCCUCGUCGCAGUGAUCACUGGGAGUUGUAGUCCCGACCCGAGCAAGCAGGCAUGGCGGCCUGCGUUGUAGGGGGCUGCGGGGUCCCAGUGGGCCUGGCCCGGCGCUUCCAAGCCGCCAGGACACUACUCCGUGCGUCGGCCUCUGUCGCCUGCCGUAAGUGGAGCGGGGCUUGCGAGCUGGGGCGCGGGAGGGGCUCAGGGCCGAGCUCGGAGAGGCGAGCCUGGAAGUCGGGGGCGACUGCGGCUUUGGUCACCGGUGCGGGUUGGGGGAGAUGCAGGCCCCGGAGUUCUGACCUCCGUCGUCCGCUUCCGCAGGGAUGUUUAAUAAAACUUUUAACAAAAUGCCAGUGGCCUUUUAAGUUUGCUUUUAAUUUAUUUUUAAUUUGUUUUUUUCACAGGUUCUUGAGUCCUGAAUUCAUUCCUCCAAGGGGAAGAACAAAUCCUUUGAAAUUUCAAAUAGAAAGAAAAGAUAUGUUAGAAAGGAGAAAAGUACUCAACAUUCCAGAGUUCUAUGUUGGAAGCAUACUUCGUGUUACUACAGCUGACCCAUAUGCCAGUGGAAAAAUCAGUCAGUUUCUGGGAAUUUGCAUCCAGAGAGCAGGAAAAGGACUUGGAGCUACUUUUAUCCUUAGGAAUAUUAUUGAAGGACAAG